CCUGUUGGAUCUUGCGCAGUUCCGCGUCCUUACGGCCAGCUCGUUUUUGCCCCUGCACCCCUGCUUGGGGCCCUUGGAGUUUGGACCCUUACUCUUGCGCGCCCCUGUCCGCCCACCACCCCCCUUCCUGGCGCCCAAAGCUCUACCACGCGGGGACCGGAAGUGUGCGUCGCAGUGGCGGGUCCCCAGCCCAGCGCGCCGGAAGUAGCGCUUGCUGGAGCAGGAUUCCUCCGGCCUCGCUAUGGCGGCCAUCCCCCCCGACUCCUGGCAGCCGCCCAACGUGUACUUGGAGACCAGCAUGGGGAUCGUUGUGCUUGAGUUGUACUGGAAACAUGCUCCAAAGACCUGUAAGAACUUUGCUGAGUUGGCGCGUCGAGGUUACUACAAUGGCACAAAAUUCCACAGAAUCAUCAAAGACUUCAUGAUCCAGGGAGGUGACCCAACAGGGACAGGUCGAGGUGGUGCAUCUAUCUAUGGCAAACAGUUUGAAGAUGAACUUCAUCCAGACUUGAAAUUCACAGGAGCUGGAAUUCUUGCAAUGGCCAAUGCGGGACCAGACACCAAUGGCAGCCAGUUCUUUGUGACCCUCGCUCCCACCCAGUGGCUUGAUGGCAAACACACCAUUUUUGGUCGUGUGUGCCAGGGUAUAGGAAUGGUGAAUCGAGUAGGGAUGGUGGAAACAAACUCCCAGGACCGCCCCGUGGACGAUGUGAAGAUCAUCAAAGCGUACCCUUCCGGGUAGACAUGUCGCUCUUUUGGGCACACCCGGGUCUUCUGAGAUGACCCCAAUGAACCAGCUCCCAGAUGACCUGGAAUGACACGUAACUCUAAACUGCAUUUUGGCCUUGCAAGUCCUGGCACAGGAAGCCUGGGAUCUUGGGUGAGUUAGAGAUGGGAGUGUAUUUUAAUAGGAUGCCUCCUUUCUCUUCCCCCGUGCCUAGGUUGACAGAACAUUUGCAGAAGUGCCCGUGCACAAUCUUUCACAGGUUACUGCUCAUCGCCAGUGACCCACACUGCUCCUCCUUGUGCGUAUCUGUUCUGAUACUCUUGGAACAAGAUGAAGCAAACUGUCAUUUCACCGUGCCUAACCAAACUUCUUCCUGUGGAGAUUUAUAUUCUGGCCUACACUGCAUUCUUUGGUAGCUGACAGCAACAGAAUUCAAAAUCAAGCAGUGUCUAUCAGCCUUCUGAACUCUGUGCAGCCCCUGUGUCAGUCUCCCGCAUUUGUUCUUCCAGGGAAUGUAUACAUCUCUCUAUAUAUUUUCCCUCUCAAAACCAGAAUAUCAACACUGCUGUUUCUGACACUUAGACAUCCCACGCAAAGCCACAUUGAAUUUUUGCCAAGUGAAAAAUGCAUCCAACAAUCAAGUUUCUAAGAAGGUGUCAAGUGGGGAAUGAUAAUGUGUAAUAAUCGAGAAAAGAAUUUAUUAAAAGGAAGCAGAAGUACUGGCCAUUUUUUCCCCAGGAAGCAGUGGAACUUUGUCGUGAGCUUGAGGACAGACUGUGACUUCUCCUUAAAAAGCAGUAUUCUCGUAAAGGAGGGGCAACAACUUAUGUUUUUUAUUUUUAAUAUGAGAUUUUAGAGAAACUAGAUAAGAGGUUUUAUAUUUUUUUUUUUUUUUUAAUCUUUCUGAUUCGGUGGGAGGUGAGAGAAAGGAAGUUAAUACCUAUGUAAUACAUAGAAGCUUCCAAAAUAAAAUUCCACUGAUGGUUGAAAUCUCUGCUGUGAUCUGAUUUUAAAUAUUGUAUGAGGCUCUUGCAGCCAUUUUAACCUCUGAACCCUUUCAAGUAGUAUUUCUGUGGCUCUGCUGUGGAUUCCUCCCAUUCAUGAACAGGUCUGCCUUUUAAAGGGCAGUAUCGGGGCCUCCCUGGUGGCACUAGGGGUUGAGACACAACCUACAAAGCUAUCCGCAGCCACUGCAGCACGAGUUCAAUCCCCAGCCAGGGAGCUGCCCACAUGGUACAGCGGACCUCUCCUGACUCACCCGCUGCUCCCCUCAGCAGUGUAUUUCAGUCAGUCUGCCUGUUCUGUCUCUGGUGAAUCCUCUCACCCUCCCACACCUCUGACCUGUAACCCAGUUCUUGUGUGCAUAGAUAAAUAAAUCUUUAAAAAAAAUAAAUAAAGGGCAGUACCAAAGAAAGAAGAUAACAGUUGUUGGAUGCAUUUAUGAAUGAGGGGAAAUUAUCUAUAGAUUAAUCAGAUGGAUGUUCUGGGAGACCGAAACCACCCCUCAAACUUGCAAGAAAUCUGUAUUGUUGUGAACUGAGAGACAAUAUGUGUUGUGGUGCUUGCUUUCUCAGACUAGUAGCAUCUUGACUGAAGAGAGAAUUACAGCUUUAUUGCUCUUUAUUGCUCUAAACAUUUUGGAGCUGAUGAUUUCCUUUACGGAAUAACCAAACCACCUCAUUCUCCAUUGCUCUGUCUCUUUCUUGACAACAAAAAGCCAAAUCCAACAACUAAGUAAAUGACUGACUUUUCAUAGAUGGUUUUGGGAUGCACAGGACCUUUCUAAAUUCUGGGAAAGUAGAAAGUACAUUUCUUUUAGCCUGGAUGGUUGCACAUAAUUGGUUCCACCUCUCCAGAGCAAGGUAUAAAACACACACCAUUCUGUUCGCCUCCAGAAUUACAAUCUUGAAAAUCCCCACUUUCACCUGGAUCCUGAGAGUGGUAAAAACAUAUCAUCACUACUUUGGGAAGUAAGGUGUUGACUAGCACAGGCAUUGUUCCUUUCUUCUAGAAAGACACACCAAACAUGCAAACAUGAUCAUAUGCUUGCAAACCUGCAAACCUGCAAGCAUGUGUCAGGUUUUCAUAAAGGAUGAGACCUCAAAGAGUAAAACUUGAAUUGCUCCACAAUUCUAGUAAAUACGCGAGUUAGCCAAAGAUGAGAAACUCCUGUUUCCAUGGAAAGGUCACUUGUUUAAAAAGAAUCCUGAUUAUUAAUCCUUUUGUCAUAUAAGGGUUUACACCCUCUCAGGAGAAGUACAAUUAGGACACAUCUCAUAAAAGUGGGGUGUGAAAUGAGAGCCAAUUUCAGUCACAUCUUAGAUCUAAAGUGAGGGUAGCUUAGGAGGAGAAGAUAGGGAUGAGUUUAUAACCUAAAUAGAGAUUAAUGAAAAUAGGUUGUGGGAUUGCUGGAGCUAAUGAAGGAACGAGAGCUCAGCUUGGGUGAGAAGGGUAGGAGGUUCUAGACUUUUGGAAGAAGACUUGAAGUUGGUAGCAAUGUUUUUUUUUUAAGAUUUUUUUUUUUUAAGAUUGAUUUAUUUAUGCAUACAAGACCUGGGGUGUAGGCCAGAGGUGCGGGGGAGAUGAGAGGAUUCACCAGAGACAGUGGGGAGCAGAAGAGGAAGAUCCACUGAAAUACACUGCUGAGGGAGCAGUGGGCGAGACAGGAGAGGUCUGCUACCGGCGUGUGGGUAGCUCCCUGGCUGGCCGGGGAUCCAACUGGUGCUGCAGUGACUGGCAAUAGCUGUCUUUAACUCCUGCACCACCAGGGAGGCCCCCCCAAAAAACAGUGUUCUUGCCUGGAAUGGGCAGGAAGUUUGGCACCCAGACAAUAAAGGGCACUAACCCAGGGCUUCUCACACUUUACUACACAAGAAUCAAUGGGGGAGCCUGCUAGAAAGCAGAGGUGGAUUCAACAUCCAGCAAGAAAGUCUGUGUUUUUAACCAGCUGGUCCAGACACCAAAGUUGCAGUAGUGAGAUCCUACAGGCCAUGUUUCUUCAACAUUAAAUUGGAGAGGGAGGAUUUUCCUAAGAGCGUGGGGCGUAUGGGACCACAACUUGGUCUUCUGCUUCCUAGGCCAGUGGUGAUUUUGGAAGAGUGAAGAAAUUGAAAGCACAGGAUAAACUUCUACAACUCCUGCCUUUGGCUGCUAAGACUGAGCUCUAAGAAACAGUGUCCUGCUUUCCACUCCUACUUUAGUACUCGACAUCAGUGUGGCACUGAGAUUGCUGUGGUGGGCCCUAGAAUGGGUAAGAAGGUAUGAUUAGAAAUUACAGAAAUGGGGCCUCCCUGGUGGUACAAGGGGUUAAGCACAGCACUAUGAAGGAAUCCGCAGCCUCUAUGGCACGAGUUUGAUCCCUGGCGGCCAGGGAGCUACCCACAUGGCGCAGCAGACCUCUCCUGUCUCGCCCUCUCCUCCCCUCAGCAGUGUAUUUCAGUCAGUCUGCCUGUUCUCCCCCACUCUGUGUCUGGUGAAUCCUCUCACCGCCCCACCUCCCCCACCACCUCUGGCCUGUACCCCAGCUCUUGUAUGCAUAAAUAAAUCUUUUUUUAAAAAAAUUACAGAAAUGCAGGGGAGGUGUCCCCCACAAUCACGACAUUGAAGGAAAAGGUAUUCGAACCAAGAUCCCAGCUUCACCACUUGGCAGCAGUAUGAUGUUUCUUAAUUCCUCUGUGCUUUAGUUGGCAGAGGGGAUGAAUGGUCCGAACUUCACAGGGCUGUUGUAAGGAUUAUGUGGGCUAGAACAUUUGAAGCCAACACACGCAACUCCUGCCUCUUCGUCCCACGCACAGCUUCUCCCACCAGGCUAACCUCCAAGCAAAAGAUGUUAUUUCCUUCUGCGUGUCUCCUCAGCACCUUAUGCAGUUCUUUAAGGUUAUUGUUGAAUGAAUGAAAUAAAUUGUUUUCUUCGGGAAAUGAUCAAAAUACAUGUGCAGAAAUAGCUUUAUUCCAAGUCUCCAAACCCCAGCUUCAGCUGGUAUGGCAGCAAAGUUUUUCCACUGAGCCCUCUGGAAGUCCUCAGCUUGAUUUAUUUUUGGAUUGUGUCUCCAGAAUAUGUCAAAAUAGCUUCCUCCCAGCAAGGAAAAUGAUUCCUACCCGCAGAUCCUCAAGCCAAUCAGUUGUCACUGUGGCCUUCUGACCCCACAUUCUUACAACACGUCGAAGAGGAAACAUCGAAAACACAUUUAAGUGGUCAAAUUUGCUGCCCACAAGGCCCCGCAUGGCUUUGAGCCCUGUGACAGCAGGUUACUACUCUAGGUAAAUACUAGGAUAGAUCUCCCAGCAACUUUUUUUUAAAAGAUUUAUUUAUUUAUGCAUACAAGAACUGGGAUGUAAGCCAGAGGUCUGGGGGGUGAGAGGAUUCAACAGAGAGAGUGGGAAGCAGAACAUGCAGAUCCACUGAAAUACACUGCUGAGGGGAGCAGCAUGUGAGGCAGGAAAGGUCUGCAACACCAUGUGGGUUGCUCCCUGGCAGGCGAGGGAUUGAACUCAGUGCUGCAGUGGCUGGUGGUAUGAUAGCACUGUCUUUAACCCCUGCGCCACCAGGGAGGCUCCCAGCAACUUUCUUUUACAAAUAAUUGAGAAGCAAAC